AUGGUUGUGCAAAGGGUUUUGGAGUCUGAAGUGGUGAGAAUUCUCGACGGUUGCACCAACCUCAAUCACGCCAAACAAGUCCACGCCCACAUAUACCGCAACAACCUCCACCAAUGUUCCUACGUAAUCACCAAGCUCCUUCGCGUCAUCACCACGCUCCGCCAUGUGCCCCUCCACUCCUACCCUCGCCUUCUCUUCGCACAGGUCCACACCCCAAACCCCUUUCUCUGGACCGCUCUCAUUCGCGCCUACGCCCUCCGAGGACCCCUCUCCCAAGCCCUUCGCCUCUUCUGCUCCAUGCGCAAACGAGGCAUCACUCCCGUGUCGUUUACCUUCUCCGCUCUCUUUUCCGCUUGCGGCGCUGCUAGCGACGCCACUUUGGGGGUGCAGCUCCACGCCCAGACACUCUUGGUUGGUGGGUUUGCUUCUGAUUUGUUCGUCAACAACACUAUGAUCGACAUGUACAUGAAAUGUGGGCUUUUGCGUUGCGCGCGCAGGGUGUUCGAUGAAAUGACUGAGCGGGAUGUCGUUUCUUGGACCGGGCUGAUUGUUGCUUACGCGAGGAGGGGCGAAAUGAAGGCGGCACAGGACUUGUUUGAUGGGUUGCCUGUGAAGGAUAUGGUGGCUUGGACUGCGAUGGUUACCGGGUAUGCGCAGAAUGCCAUGCCGAAGAAUGCGGUGGAGGUUUUCCAGCGGUUGUUAGAUGAGGGUGUGGAGAUUGAUGAGGUUACUUUGGUUGGUGUUAUAUCUGCUUGUGCUCAAUUGGGUGCGUCUAAGUAUGCUAAGUGGAUAAGGGACAUUGCUGAGAGUUCUGGAUUUGGGGCUGGAAGUAAUGUUCUUGUGGGGUCAGCUUUGAUAGACAUGUACUCAAAAUGUGGUAAUGUGGAGGAGGCAUAUAAUGUCUUUAAAGGAAUGAGGGAGAGAAAUGUGUUCUCUUACAGUUCUAUGAUUGUGGGGUUUGCUAUACAUGGCCGAGCUCAUGCAGCGAUUAAGUUGUUUUAUGACAUGUUGGAGACUGAGGUGAAACCAAACCAUGUUACUUUUGUUGGUGUGCUUACUGCGUGCAGUCAUGCAGGCUUGGUGAACCAAGGGCAGCAGCUCUUUGCUACCAUGGAAAAGUGUUAUGGUGUUGCUCCAACUGCAGAACUUUAUGCUUGCAUGGCGGAUCUUCUAGGCCGAGCUGGAUACUUGGAAAAAGUACUUCGGCUUGUUGAGACAAUGCCUAUGAAGCCUGUUGGAGCUGUGUGGGGAGCACUUCUUGGAGCAUCCCACAUCCAUGGGAAUCCUGAAGUUGCGGAAAUUGCUUCUAAGCGUUUAUUUGAGCUUGAACCUGAUAACAUAGGGAAUUAUUUGUUACUUUCUAAUACUUAUGCAUCAGCUGGAAGAUGGGAUGAUGUGUCUAGGGUCAGGAAAUUGAUCAGAGAGAAAAAUUUGAAAAAAAAUCCAGGGUGGAGCUGGGUUGAAGCAAAAAAUGGAAUGAUUCACAAGUUUGUUGCUGGUGAUGUGAAGCAUCCACAAAUUAAUGAGAUAAAGAAGGAAUUAAAUGAACUUUUGGAACGGCUGAAAGGUAUUGGAUACCAGCCAAACCUCAGUUCGGUGCCUUAUGAUAUUAAUGAUAAAGAAAAGAGGCUUUUACUAAUGGCUCAUAGCGAAAAACUAGCUUUGGCGUUUGGAUUGCUUAGUACUGAUGCUGGUUCCGCCGUAAAGAUUAUGAAGAACCUUAGGAUAUGUGAGGAUUGUCAUAUUGUGAUGUGUGGAGCAUCAAAACUUACUGGAAGAAAAAUUGUUGUGAGGGAUAACACGAGAUUCCACCACUUCCUUAAUGGGGCCUGCUCUUGUAGAAAUUUUUGGUGA